UCUUAAAACAGAAGGACACUGGAUAAACGUGGGACAGAGCUACACUGACAACUGAAGGAAAGGGAGAGAGAGAUGGAGUUGUGCGAUGUUUUAGAACACAAACACAGUCGUAAUCUGGGACGCAAUAAGCAAAACUGAGAAAGUAAACAGGUCACCAAGACCUCGCGUAGUAACAUAUGGACAGGAUGGGAGCCAGUCGUCCGUCGCCCAGCACACAUACGGAUUCAGUUCGUGCCGCAAUAGAAGCACUCAGUGUGAGUACAGAACUCGUCGAGGAGGAACUUAAGCCAUAUCUGGACACAGUGCUGACUGUUGCCAUAGAAAGAAAGAAAGGCAUCGCUGAGCAGGUGGCAGACAGUGGGAUUUUGCCCGUGCUGGCGCAGAUUUUAAGAAGAAAGAGUACACUAACCACGCCCACAGUCCGACUGGUGGCUGAACUUGCCAGAGAUCGAUUGUGUCAUUUCUGUCGGUUCUGUCUGCCUUCAGCUCCCGUGAAAGAGCAGUGCUUUGAUACAGGCAUUGUGUCUGCCCUCGUGACCUUACUGCUCAACCAAGACCAGGACCUUCUCCUGCAUGUGAGCCAAGCCAUUGCCAGGAUCUGCUAUGACAGCAACCUGCAGCAGGAGAGAUUCCUGAGGCUCGGAGCUGUUCCCCGUCUGGCAUCGGUUCUUCUCCAGCACAGUGGGAAUGAAGCACUGCGGAGCUCCUGCCUGCUGGCCCUCUGUAAUCUGUCCAACAUGGGUGAGGAGGACGGCUCCAUGCUGGCGUGGGACGAGGGGGCACAUUUCAGCGAGGGGGAGCGCGUGUUCCGUGGCACCUCGAGAUACUCGUUCGGUUUCUCUUCGGCCGUGACGGUGGUCAGGCUGAAACAGACUAACGGCCAGUACUCAGUGACCGUAGAAGUUCUUCAGCGAUGCUCCACACUGCUGUGGGGCGCCAGCAACAGGCGACAGGCUGGGCACCGCUUACCGAACUUAACCCACCUGGGAAGCUGUCCUAAGUUGUAUAAAGUCAUCAAAUGCUCGGUGAAGAACAUUCCGAGGAACCGAAGUCUGAGGGCGACAGUGUUUCACACCCUCUUGUGAGGCCGAAAGUUCAAGUGCUUUUGAACAUGCGAGGUGGCUUAAAAGAUGAUCUGGUGUAAACCACAUCCCAAAAUAUAAGGAGCUCAUUUCAGCCUUUUGUAGUAGAGAGUGGAACCUUAAAUGCUUUUAAAGCGAUAACAAAUAAAGGACGUAACUGCAUUCAGUGUCCUAUUCCUCAAAUUUGAUGGGUAACAAUCAAGGGUCAGCAUAGCGAGUCAAGUCACAAGAUGUUGUGUCCAGACAGUUUAAGUCUUGCUGGGCAUAGAAUACAGCAACAGGUGCAUGACGCCAAGCUGCAAUCUGCUAGCCUUUCUGAACUGUGUGAUUAGUCCAUAAGAGGCCUUACAGUAGUGGAUUAUGUAGACCCAGUGGUCAGGGUCAGUGCAGCUACACUCACCCAGGUCAACAUGCAACUGUGUUGCAAAACGCACCAAGAUAAAAACAGCAUUUUCAGAUUACAAAUAAAAAUUGGGCCUUUUGUUAACAUUCCCCAUGUUUUGAGUCACACAGGGUUCCCACAGUCAUGCAUGAAAAAAAGUUGGAGAUAUUAGGGUUGUUAUAUUGUGUCUGGUUUGAAUGAUGAAAUGCUCUAAUAUGUUAAAUGCUUGAUUGCUUCAACGCAAGUUAUUCUUUGGAAAUCUGAAAUGAAUAUAUUAGCGCCCUGUUCACACUGUCAGUGACCGGCAGCGGCAAAGCGACACAAACACCUUCAUUCCAAUUGUAGCUUAGUGACGUCCGAAAAAAGGAAGUGGGCAUGUCUAGUGAUGCAACAAAGUUGAGAAUUGUUCAACUUUAUGCAAAUGAUGAGCAACUUUUAGAAGCGUUUACCAAUGGGACUAAAGCUGGGAAGCUAUUUACGUCAAUAGCAUGACAACGGGCAGAUAUUUCUAAAAAGUUGAAUUAAAUAGCAUAUCCGAUCAAUAAUUAAACCUGAAAUUAACUGUACUGUAACUUUGGUUUGCUAAGCUUAAAGGUCCAGUAUAUGAAAUUUAGCGGCAUCUAGCAGUGAGGUUGCGAAUUGCAAUCAUGGCUGACUCCACCCCUCCCUUAGAAGCACUAAGGCGGCUGACACAGCACUAAGAUGUUGUCAUGUUUUCGCUUCUUUGCCGAAGGAGAUAAUGUAUUUACAAAACACGCUCUGUAGAGCAGUUUGUCCGUUUAGGGCUACUGUAGAAACAGUGGAUAAUUCCAUGCAGGGGGACCCGCGGUGUAUGUAGAUGGAAAUAGCUCAUUCUAAGGUAAUAAAACAAUGCUUCAUUAUAUAAGGUCUUUAUACACCUCUGCAGACAUAGUUAUGUACUGUAUAUUGUAUUGCAUUUAUGUCAAUAGAUCCUCAAAAAAAUUACACACUGGACCUUUAAAUUGCGCUAAAAUCACCUUUUCCAGCGGCCACAUUGAGCCUUGCAUUCCUCCCCAUUCAUAGUAAUGGCUCACUUCAUUCGUCUCUUGUCAGUUGGUAGUGUGAAUGAAGCUUGAUGUUUACAAUAAAUGAACAUAUUUAUAAAUGGGGUUAAAUUGUAGCAAAUUAGUUUUAAUCUAAAUCAUUCAGUAAAAUUUGUAUACAGGAAACGCAACACUUUUUGGUAAAGUAAUGGAAGUUUCAUUUGUCAAAUGGUGUGGGAACCUUGUGUUUGUAAACUAAAGUGCAUUUUUGCUGCCUCCACCAAGUCACACUGUUGUUCUAUUGUGACUUUGUGUAACAUCCUCUCUCAUUCAAAAGUUUGUAAUUACAAGCAAACCUCGUUAUCACAUUUGUGCUAUCAGUAAACACUUCUCCUUUCCUUUUGUUUAAUUCCAUUUCAUUUUCUGACAUCAGUGGUGAAAGUAAA